GACGUAUACAAAAUAAUGAAGUGCUACAUAUACAUAUUCUAGAUUAGAAAAUGUAACUACGUGCGCUGUAUGGACGAAAACCACUCGUUCGUAACCCUAUUUUUUCACUGAAGCACAGCAACACCUAGUGAUUUAAAGCAGAACAUAGGGAAGUUUAUAUUAUGUUUAUGAUCAAGGAUUUCCUGUUACGUGAAGGGAGCAGUAAUUGUUUGAAAUUGAACGUCUCCUCUAUAGAACGUUGGAAGUAUAUAACGGAAAAGCUUUGUAUAAAUUCUAUGUAUUAUCGUUCUUCUAAGAAUAAUAAAGUAUUUGUGUUUUUAAAUCAUGAGAUUAUGGACUGAAAUUAUAUUGGAAUGGCUGAAUUGUUUAGAUGUACUGGAAACGCAAGUUAAUAAUUUAAAAGAAUUAGACGAUGGAAAAUUUUAUCAAAAGUUAAUAAGUUUAUUUAAAUGGAAAGGUGCUGAAGACAUUUUAGAUACAAAAACCAUUAUUAGACAAUUCUUACAAGAUGAAUAUCCUGAAUUUAAAAUUGAUUAUAAUGAUUUGGGAGACAAAGAACAUGUAUACAUUGCAUCCUUAUUUUUAUUACACGUAUCUCAAGAACCAGUGUUUUAUCAACCAAUGUGCAUGAAACUUCAACAUGAAACUCAAUUGAAGAUCAAAGCAUUUCUUGAAAUGAUUAUUCCUUAUGGAAAAGGUAUAAAUAGAGACACGCUCAAGGAAAUAAUCAAUGAAUUAGAGGAUAAUGUACCAGACACACCUGUAACACCAAAGACAAGAGCUCUUAAAGACUUCUUUAACUCUCCUGCUGCACGGUCUGCACAUAUCAAUAAACUAUUGAAUGAAAGAAAUUAUGAACUAAGGAAACUGAAGAGUCAAUUAGAAGUAGAAAGAUUUGAAAAGUCUGAUUUACAGGAAGAUCUAAAAAUUCAACAAAAUAAAGUACAAAGUCUGCAGCAAAAGUUACAGGAAAAAGCUGCAGAAAUAAAAGGUUUGCAGGAAGAUAGAUUUAGACAAAACACUCCACAAUCUUGUAAAAAAAAUAAAAAUACUGUAGAUCAUGAACAAUAUUAUAAGAAGGAAAUAGAUUAUUUAGAAGAUCAAUUGAUGCAGAAGCAGAGUGAAGUCGAUAAACUUGAAGAGUCAAAUGAUAUCUUAACAAAAAAAUUGUCGUGCGUGGAAAAGAAAUGUACGUAUUUUAAAGAAAGAUUAGAGAGCUGUGAACAAUCUUUGGAAAAUGCACAAAUGCUGGGGGAGCUUAAGGAUAGAGAACUGACAAACUUAAGAAUGACUAAUGAAGAAUUACGUAUGCAUCUGAAAGAGCUUAGUAAAACAACCACGCAAGAUCAUAGUUUUGAAAUAAUUGAUGGAAUUGCACCACUAAUAUCACCUUCCUCGUCCUUGAACAGUAGUGAAGUUUUAAGUUCUGUAAUUGAUAUUCAGUUACAAGAAGCAAAAGAAGAAUCUGCUUCGUUGAAAACGCAACUUGAUGCCUUAAACAAAGAAUUAGACUCUGUGAUUCUAGAUUAUAAAAAUACAACGAAAUUGUUGGAAGAAAAAACGCAAUUAUUACAAGAUACAAAAAUGAAAUCAAAUAUCGCUGUAAAUAAAUUAAAAGAAGAAAUAGAAUCCUUGCAAAAAGAAAAGGAAUCUUUAAUUGAUGAAAAUAAAAAUUUACAAAAUGUAUGUACUUCUCAGAAGGAAUCUUUAUUACAAAGUGAGAAGUCUAAAAAUAAUUUAAAUACCGAAAUAAGUAGUUUAAGAGGAGAAAUUAAUACUUUAAAAGAAUCUCUAGAUGAUAAAAAUGUACAUAAUACAAAAUUAAAUGCUGAACUCGCAGAAAUUAAAUCACAAAUAAAUGAAAAUCUCAAGUACAUUGAAGAUUUAACAGAUCAAAAUAAUUUAUACAAAACUUCUGCUGAAUUGUACAGUAAAAAUUUGAAGAAAAUUAUACUUGAUAUCCCACAAAUUGUUUGUAAUGAAGUUAAUAAUUUAGACAAUAAAACAACUACUCAACUUAUAGAAUGUCUUCAAACAUCAUUACACAAAUUUAAUAAAGAAUAUCUCUCAAACCAAACGGAACUUUGUUCGCUUAAUAAUUUAUUAGAGGAAUCUAAAUUAAAAAUACAUGAUUUUCAAUCACAGGUAGUUGAAUUAAAGAAAAAAGACGAACAAAAUAUCACAGAAAUAUCAAGUCUAAAAGAAACAAUUAAUCAAAAUGUAAAGGAAAUCGAUAAACUUACUAAUGUUGUAAAACAACAUUGUGAAGAAAUUGUACAUUUAAAAAAAAUCGAAGUGCAAAAGCAAAGUUUGGAAAAAGAUUUGUAUACUUGUAAAGAAGAAAUGAAUAAGAAAAUUUCAUUAUUAAAAUUUUCUCAAAAUUGCAUGGGAACUUUGAAAAGUGACCUUCAAAAUCUUGUAACAGAAUUUCAUGCAAUAAAGAAACAUACAUCAAAUCAAUUAAUUGACUGUGAAAAGCAACAUAAAGAUACUGGUAAUAAUAUUUUAAAUGCUUACAAAACACUAUAUUCCAAUUAUACUAAAGAGCAGUGCCUCAGAAAUGAACUUGAACUUGAACUCACUAAUAAUAAAAAAGAAUUAAAAGAUAGUCAAAAUUUAAAUAUCACUUUAGAAAAUGAUUUAACAAAAACUGAACAACUAUUAAAUAGUUUAAAAUUAGAAUUAACAGAUAUUAAAGACAAAUUAACCAAGUCUACACAAAACUUGGAAAAGCUUGAGGAAGUAAAGGAAAUACUUGAAGUACAACAAAAAAAUCUACAAUCUGAAAAUGAAGAAAUGUUAUUAAAUUUAAAUAAAAUAACUGGUGAACUUAGAUUAUCUCAACAGCAAGUAUCUAAUAUUUCAGAAGAAUUAAAAUGUAAGGACGGGAAAAUUAAAAAUUUAGUAGCAGAUAUUACUUCUUUAAAAUCAGAAAAAGAACAGGUGCUUUGUUUAAAAAUGGAAGAAGAAUCUAAGUUGAAAGAUUUGAUAAGAAAUUUAGAAACAAAACUGCUUGAAAAACAGCAUUGUUUAGAUCAAUUAAGUAUGGAAAUGAAAUCAAAGCAAGAAAUGCUGGAGCAUGAACAAAACAAGUUAGAGAAGUUAACAGCAAACACAACUAUUUCUGAAAAGAAGAUGAAAGAAGUAAUUUCAAACUUGCAAGAGGUGAGAAGCAAUCAAGAUGCAGUUUUAACAACGCAAGAAAAAGCUUUGAAAGAAAAAUGUUUAAUAAUAGAACAACUUCAGAAAGAAUUUAGUGAAUCAAAUAGUACACUUCGCAAACAACUUGAAAAUGAAAAGUUAUUAUGUCAGAAUUUACAAAGUACAAAUUCCCAGCUACAAAUACAAUCAUAUAAACAAACGAAAACAAUAGAAGAACUACAAGAUACAUUAAAGAGGGAAAAGAAUAAACUUAAUAUAAGCGAAGAAUACUGUCGAACACAAGAUGCAAAGAAAUUACAAAUUGCUCAAGUUUGUGAGCAGUUAAGGGAUUCAAUAAGUGAUUUAAAGUCAGUAAUAGCAGAAAAUGAUCCGAAAAAUGAAAAUCUUUCUGCUGAUAGUAUGUAUGAAGAACCAUGUACAGAUAGUGAUGAUGGAACUGAGAAUAUUUUAAAAAUUAUAAAGAGUUCCAUUAAUGAAGUAGCUGUUUCACGCAAACUAAUUUUAUGCUUGUCCAAUAUAAAUACGAAUUUAGGCAAAACUUUGCAAAGUCAAAAAGAAAUUAUAAAUAGUUAUGCUACAAAACAUGAAGAGUAUAUAAAACAUUUAGAUAAUAUUAUUAAACAUAAGGAUAUAUUACAAAAUUCUUUAGAAGAUGUUACAAAAUCAAGAAAUGAAUUGGAUACAUCUCUAAGCGAAUUGAAACAAAGAUGGGAUAAAUUGUUAACAAAAUUUUAUAGCAUUUUUAUAAUGGACAAAUCUGUGUGCAAUGAACUGAAAUGUAUACAAGAUAAAAAGGCACAUCUUGAAAAUACGUUAUUUAAAUUGUAUAAUAAUCAUUAUCAAAAUGUACAGUCAUUACAUACUAUUUUAUGCAACAAAUUUGUGUGGCUUGAACACCAGUUAAAAGAUAUUUAUUUGGAUCCAAUAAGAAAUAAAAAGCUAUUUGAAAAUUCAGAUAUAUUUUGCGAUGAAAAAGCUAUAACCGAGGCAGCCUUACACAAACAUAUACAAUUACAAAGAGAUGUUGCUGAAUUUCAAGAGGAAAUACAUAAUUUUUCAAAUUUUGUUACUUCCUUUGCAACUGAGUUUGAAUCUGAUGAGACAAAAUUCCAGUCUGAAAACGAGAAGAAGCUGCUCCUACAGAUUAAUCAAUUAAUGGAAGAUAAACGCAAUGUAGAACAUAAGUUAGACAGUGUACAAAUACAAAAUGCAAAAUUAGAAAUUGAAAUUGAAGAAUUCAAGAUCAGGACGAACGACUUGAAAAUAUCAUCGUCAAAGGAAACGGAUGAUUUGAAGAAAGAACUAAUGGAACUGAAGAAAGAAAACUUAAAGUUAGAAGAAGAAAGAAAUGAAUUAAUGAACCGGCCAAAGAAAGAAGACGUCGAUAAUCAAUUGAAAGACAUCUAUGACAAAUAUAAACUUAAAUUAGAUGAAAUUAAACAGAACAUGAAAACAGCAUAUAAUGAGCAAAUAGCAAAGCUAAAUAGAGAGCAAGAACAGUGCAUACAAGAAAGGUUGGAGUCGCUUCAAAGAAAAAUGGAAUUACAGUGUCGCAAACAAGCAGAUGAAUUAAGUAAAUAUAAAGCACACGUUGCUAAUAUGAGUACACAAAUGUGGGAUAUCGGAGAAAAGCUCUUAAGUGAACAAAAGGAGAAGGAAGCAUUACAAAGAGAAAAGGAAGAAUUACAAAAGGAAAAGGAAGAAUUACAAAGGGAAUUAAAUGCAUUAAAAGCUAAAUAUCAAAACUUAGAUGAAAAAGUUCUUUCCUUAAUGGAGCUUAAAAGUUCUAAGUUUGAAAGAAGAGAUAUAGUAGGAGACAAUAAAGAAGAAAUUUUACAUAAAAUUGCAGUGAUACAAGAGAAAACAACAUAUGAGAGAAGGUGUAGUAUUAGGAGUAUACAAACAUUGGGUAAUGCAUUUAAUGCAGAAGAUGAAGAUGAAGUUUUUGAUAAUGUUUAUUUAGCUGAUAUGAAAGAUGGAAACACUUCAUCGAAGACGGAUAUUGAUCGAUUAUCUAUUUUGAAAAAAAGAAAUGCUCUUUGCAAACCACAUCUAAAGUCUUCUUAUCCAGCUGAAAUGCAAUUCCAUCCUCUACCGUUUUCAGAAGAAGAAAUUAAAACAGGUUCAGUAGAUGAGAUGUUCAAUGAUAGUUUAAGCCAAAGCUUGCUUCCUGAACAGAAAGUAAAAAAGAGGGACAGAACUCAAACGUCAUAUAAAAAACCUGGACCUCCAACGCCCAGUAAAAAUGGUGGAAGAUUAUCAUUACAGGGUAAUGAGUUGAAAAGCCCUAAUUCAAGGAUAUUAAAAGAAAGAAAUAAAGAAAGGGCAACAACGACACCACGCACAUUAAGAAGUUUGUUCAUUUCAAAACGCCAAGACGAGAAUACUGUGGCUACACCAAAAGACCGUAGAAGAAGCAGUAUUUUUCGUAAAUACCGUGGUGCAAACGAUAGGCAAAAGCUACCGCAAGUGUAAUAAUGAUGAAAAUCGUGAUUGUAAAAAAUAAGUACCUAUUCAAGUUUUAUGCGAAGUUAUAAUUGUACAGUACAAGAUAUCAAUAUGCAAUCUGCAAAUAGAAUAUUAUUUUAAAUAAGCAGAUGUGAGACAAACAUUUUUUAUGCAU